AGGCGGUUUGCCUCUGCAGAGACCCACGGCGCGCGCGUGCUGGUUUCCUCCAAACACGCAUGCGGCGCGGGGCGAGGCAGGAGGCGCGGGACGUGGCCGCAGGAAGUGGUUGUGCCCGGAGGGCUGCGGGCGACUCGGAAGUGGCUCUCCACCCCGGAAGUCGGCCCUCCCUGUCAUUGGGGACUGGGGUGAUGGCAGCGGAGCCCCGCCGCGUCCUCCUCCAGUUUCUCCGUCCCGGCCGCUGACUGACGGGCUGCGAGCCGCUCGCCCAGGGAAGAAGCCGUAGCGGAGAAUGGCGGAGUUGGCGGCCGGGGACGGGCCGCCGCGGGGCCGCACGCCCAGCCCGCUGCCGGUCGCUGGGCCGCCCAGUCCGCGCCCAGCUGCGGCCCCUGCUUGCCAGGCGCGCAGCUCGGACCCCCCAGCGGCCGACAGAGCCACACCGGGCGGCGGCGGCGCGGGCUCGAAGUGGGUCCGGCUGAACGUGGGUGGCACCUACUUCGUGAGCACCCGCCAGACACUCUGCCGCGAGCCCAAGUCCUUCCUCUGCCGCCUCUGUUGCCAGGAGGGCCCUGAACUGGGCUCGGACAAGGAUGAAACGGGGGCAUAUCUCAUUGAUAGGGAUCCCACAUAUUUUGGUCCAAUCCUGAACUACCUCCGGCAUGGAAAACUCAUAAUAAACAAGGAAUUGGCAGAAGAAGGUGUGCUGGAAGAAGCUGAGUUUUACAACAUUGCAUCUCUAGUGCGGUUGGUAAAGGAGCGAAUACGGGACAAUGAAAGCAGAACCUCUCAAGGACCUGUCAAGCAUGUAUACAGAGUCCUGCAGUGCCAAGAGGAAGAGCUCACCCAGAUGGUGUCUACUAUGUCUGAUGGAUGGAAAUUUGAACAGCUAAUCAGCAUUGGAUCUUCAUAUAACUAUGGAAAUGAAGAUCAAGCAGAAUUCCUCUGUGUUGUAUCCAGAGAGCUAAAUAACUCUACCAAUGGCAUUGUCAUAGAGCCUAGUGAGAAAGCAAAGAUUCUUCAGGAGCGAGGAUCACGGAUGUGAUCUAAGCAUUGAAUACUUCAAAACUCCCGGAGUUGUCAAAAGGGCAAUCUAGCUGGGCAGAGCAUUUCUCCUGCAGUCCAACCUUGCUUUUGUACAGUAAUCAAACUAACACAAAGCAAAGCUGAGCCUGUCCUGCCCGUGGAGAAGUACUCCUGGUAGGCAAUACGGCUCAUCCCACUCAGUCUCAGAAAGCAAAGAGGAAAGAAGAUCUUCCAGCUGGAUGGUCCCUUUGCCCCACUAUCUCUUUCUCUUUUUAUUUCUGCCUUGGCACUGUUUGGUUUAUUUGGUUUUAUUUGGAGGAGAAAGCUGUCUUUGGAGCCUUUUGUGAGGGCUGCCCAGAUUCCUGGAUACUUUACAUUAUUCCGGGCAUCACUGGUCUGGAGUAAUGACAGGGAAAUUUGGUUAUGCAGUGCCAUUUGUCGUUGAGAAAUUUGUCAAAGUUAGGCUAGUCCAGAUUUGAUGAACAUAGAUUUGGACAAGAAAAUCUAAACCAAGAACAUUCCCUCCGCUUACCCCAAACCUUUAUCAUUCUUGUUUUGGGUUUGUAACUAGCUCAUAUACUUGUUAGAGGGAAAGCUUCAGGGUGGUGUUUUUUGUUUCCGUUUGGCUUGGGGAGGGUGGGGUUUGUUUUUUGUUUUUUUGUGCAGGGUAGAUAGCUGGGAAUUAUGUGUACCAUGGGGCCUCAGCUGAAGGGUUUUUCCUCUGAUAACACUAAAAAUAUAAGCUCUAAGCAUCUCUCACAGUGUGGUUUGGUUAUCACCCUUCACACAUUUUAAAAAUGUAUAAUUAUUCCCUGGUUUCAGAGACAGAUAUACUGUCUCUUACUCUCACAAUGUCAGUGGAGGGUGGCAAUCAGGUGUAUGUUCCAUUUUUCCUGCCAGAGCCCAGAAUGUGGGCUUUUGGCAUCUUAAAGUUGCUCUUUGAUCUGGAGGAUUUGUUCCUGCCAAGUUCAGCUUUGCCUUCUCUUGUCUUCAGCAGCAUGAAAUUAUCCCCUUGUUCUCUUGCUGUCCUGAUUAAAGCAGAUUUUCUUUUGUACUCUAGUUAUUUUGGUAGGGUUUAACAACUCUCUUCCAAUACAUUUGGGGAUGGAGGGUCCCUUAUUUACACAUGGUUAUUCUGCGCUUGCAAUCCCUUCCACCCUUUAUUGUGUCAUCUUACCCAAAAUAACUAAGGGGCACUGCACAGGUUGGGCAGGGGGUGGGAAGGGGAGGGGUGGUGGUGAAAGUUGCCAAACUGUUGUGCUGUUUUUUGUCCCAAGUGGUGUGAAAUUCUGUACAUUUUGUUUUCCUUUGGAAUGCCUUGAAUGGACAUGAAAAUAUUGUGCCUCUCUUGAAUUCUAAUCUUAGCCAAAUGGGACUUGCUGAUCUUGUCAGUGAAUUUGUGCCAUCCCUGAUCAGUGGAAUGUCCCUUCCUAGUUGUUGCUAAGUGGAAACCCUUAAGCAUCUGCUGCAUGAGACACCUCCCCUCCACACCCUGACUCCUCUCCUCACUGACCGCCAUUGGCUUCUGGGCCUUUGCAUUAAGUCCCAAACAUAAAAACUAACGCUUCAAAGAAACUGAAGUGCUUUGGUCUCCCCUAGGCAAUAAUCAAAAUUCCUACACUAACCUGUGAUCAAAGGAGUAUCCCUACUAUUUCGAUUGGUGUGCUUGGGAUUCCCUAUCAAGGAGAUUGUACUCUUGUGUAUUUUUCAUGUUCUAUGGUGUGGAGUAAUGAGGCUUCCUUGUGAACAUUUCCAUUUCCUCCUUGUGAACAUAAAGGGUGAGGGCAGUUGGUGGGGAAGGACAGUGAGUGAAGUAUUACUGGGACCAUGAAAGUCCUUAUCAUGGAUAAAGCUAGGGAGUUUAAAUGCAAUUUGGCACCCAGUUCCUUCCUGCUCUACAUCCUCCCUUACUCUUGAGUGUUUCUGUGCAUAUAUCCCUGAGCUUCCCCACCAGUUCUGCCAAUAUACCUCCAGUAAGGCUUAAGGUUUGGAGAGCAUGUGGUGGUCCAGUCUUUGUAAAAGCGGACUGUACCAAAGGUUUUGAGGUCGGUUACUGGUUGCUGAAACUCAACUCACUCUGUACUGUGUUGAAUUAAACCAACUUUCCCAUCUUAUCCCACCCUUCCCGUUUAUAAUGUAUUGGUAUUGGCAUGGUGAGACUGUACGUCCUGGCUGGAUUUAACUAACACUGUGAUGUGUACAUAAAUCUCUUGAGUAUCUUGUACCUUCAGCCGUUGUCAGUGUAUGUCAACAACUGAGAAAUAACCAGAUGUCUGUGUGCUGCGAGGGAGUCUAAGAACCGCAGAUGUAUGGCAUUCACGCAUCCCCUCACAAUCUCUACUUCUCGGAGGUAGAGGGAGUGGGUUGUGGGUGUAUGAAGUUGGAAGAAAAGCAGGCUGAUGCCAAGAAUAGCAGCCAUUUCCAACAUGGCCUAACCCAACUCAUUCCCCACCUUGCUGGGCACGUAGCAGUGUUAGGUUUGCUUGGAAGGAGACCUUACUGUGUAGCUUUAGUUAACCAAAACAAAUACCUCAUUGUUUUAUGUUAUGGUCACCAAAAAUAAAAUCGAAAAACGCAUGGGGAAGCCCCAUUAGAGGAGUGCCUGAUAUCAGGAUAAUAGACUGGAAACAAACGGCUCCCAUUCUGUUGCCCAUAUUGUGCCAUUGGGAACGGCUCCGUUUCAAUCUGGAGGAAAAUCAGAUUGUGAGAGGAGCUGUAACUGGCAGGACUGGAGGCUGUUCUGUUACAGCAAAGUUGGAGCUAAAGUGAGAAAUAAUGUUUCUACUGGAUCAGUGGGCCUAUCCUAAAUACUCCACUUGCUGCUGACAACUGCGAGAGGUUUUCAGUGAAUUUAGUUCUUUGCUGGAGCACAGUUGCCUUCUCCUUUGCUUCCCAUGUCAAGUAUUCUCAACAAGCGUAACUAAGUCUGUUGAGACUUUUCCUGGAGUGGUGAGCUCUGUUUAGUUGGAGACUGAAACAGUAUUAGGGACUGGAAAAGCUGUUGGCUUUCCUAGUAUAAGGGCUUGAAAUCCAGCUACAGCAAGACACCAUUCUAGCUCAUUCACUUGUGAUAGUCAUUCCCUACCAUGACAGGCCACCUUCAGGCCCUGUUAAUCUCAAGAACUGGCUUCUGUGUGCUGCACCAGUUGUAUCUCUGCCUCUACAGCAACAGGGCUUUUCUUUCCAUUUGCCUUUACUUGGUCAAAACAUUAUCUCCAAAGCUAAAGCUGGAAAAUAAAUUAAAAUUAUUUCCCCUGCUGAUGGCAGUAGAUAGAAAGGGAAGCAAAUGGCAGGAUGGUUAUUCAUCUGAGUGAUUUGCAUCUCUUGAGGUUUUCUUUAAAUCAUUAGCUAGCCCCUGGGGACCAGUAGCAGGUCCAGUUUCCCAGUGGCCAAUUAUUCCGUUACAACAAGGUUGGAGCUAACCUUCUCUAAAAAGUGUCUUUGUUUCUGCACAUUUUUAAUCAAUUUUUCUCAGGGGUGACUGAGUGGUCUGAGGGCAGGGGGCUACCCACAAAAGGGUGGAGGUGGCUCCUCGGACCUCCACAGCUGGGCCGUGGGCUCCUCACCCUCAGGUUUUGUUUGCAAACCUAGAGGUUUUGUACAGUUUGUCACAUGUCAGUGCCCUUUGCUACUGUUUCUCUUUGUUUAUUAAAUGUGUUUGAAUAAUAAUGGAGAUGCUGUGAUUUUUUUUCCAAUAAAGAUUCUGACAUGA